GUUGUUACUAAUUUUUUGUCAUCAAUUUGUGUUCAUGAGUUGUGUUUUUCUACAUUUGUAAUAAAUGUUUAAAAAACGUUUCACGUUCAAUUUGAAUUUCGCACGUCCGUAUUACCAACAAUUAAAAUGACAUAAAAAGUCACUAGAUAGUGUCAAUGUCGAACGUCAAUUGCAGAACAUUUUUUCGAUUUAUUUACAAAUAAAAAGUAAUUCAGGAUGGUCAAUGUAAUGAAAGGAGUUCUAGUGAAAUGCGACCAGGCGAUGAAACAGUUCUUACUCUACCUAGAUGAAACGACAAAAUUGGGCCGAAAAUUUAUCAUCCAGGAUUUGGACGACAACCAUUUGUUUAUCUCCGCCGAUAUUCUGGACAUCCUGCAAGCAAAAAUAGACGAUCUUAUGGACCAAAUCAGCUUCCCCCUUGCGGAAAAGGGGAACUAAUAAAUACGAAUAAGUUUCUAGGUUAGGUUAAAUUAUUUUUUAGUUUUAAUAAAUUGAUACGCAAAUACGAAAAA